AUGUCAUCAUUUGCCGAAGAGAAGAAGAAUCUGCCUGUUACAGUCGAGAAGCCCAUUCCUGUCACAUAUGACCUCGGGAACUUGGCUGUGUUUGACUCCAACACACUUGACAGAAAUGACCUAGACUCAUCCAACGCGCAGCGCGAGGAGAACAUAAAGAAAAUCUCUCGUGACAACGUCCAACUUAUGAUCAACCAGAUCUUAUCAUUGCCUAUCAAGAGUACCACAGAGUCUGCCAACGGCACCAGCGGUCAGAGUGCCAGUAUGACUUUGGUCCAGCUUCCAGAGCCUACCUCUGAGCUUCCCAGAGAGAAACCACUGCCCAAACCUAAAGCCCCUAGUAAGUGGGAACAAUUUGCGGCCAAAAAGGGUAUCAAGCCAAAGGAAAGAUCUGGCAAGAUGGUUUACGAUGAGGAUGCUGGCCAGUGGGUUCCAAAGUGGGGGUUCAACGGUGCUAACAAAAAGCUCGACAAACAAUGGCUGGUGGAAGUUGAUGAUGAGCCUAAAAAGGCUGGCGACGACCUCAUUGACCCUAGAAGCUUGAGUAGAGCCGAGAGGAAGAAGUUGAUCAAGAAGAACGAACUCCAGCAUAAGCGGAACAUGAAAGGGGCCAACUAG